UGCAGCAGUAUGCAGCAGUAUAUAUCGAGUAUAGGUUUGUGCGAUUAUCUUGUUUACCCUGUUUGCUUUCUGCAUCAUUGGUGCAUCGUUCCAUUCGCGCUGCAGCCCUUCUGCAAGGUACGCUUGCCACACUCAUCCCUCUAUCUCCCCCGCUCUCUCGCGACGAGUUGCUUCGUGCAUCUUCCAGCAACCGGGUACCCACUCCGCACGCUAAAGACACUCUUCAUGACCUCUUUACUACGGCACACCGACAUACCAAUGCGGCAGAACAUCGACAAAGAGCUCGGAGCCCUCGACCUAGAUCAGCUCUUUGACCAAUACGUUGAGACAGACCUGCUCCAGCUUACCGACCCGACGGCAGACCCGUCCAGCUCCGAUGACCUCGCACAUCUCUUUGAGCUCCCUCCAUCGAAUGGGGAUGAAGCAUUUGAGACCAGCCCUAUGCCCGAUUGGGAUGCCUGCACAGAGCAUGCUUGGCAUAAGGCUCUCCAGAAGCUCGAACAAAACCCAGCCUCGCCCACCACGCCGGACAAUUCCUUUUCUAUUUACCCUGAAUCGCGUGGCAAAGCUGCGCUGAGCGAUCCUGAGUUUUUCAUUUUAGACGAUCUUUUCGCACUGGACAAAGUUGAGCCGCGAGCGCUCUCGCAGCCUUCUACACCCAGACCACAGGUCGCAAGACCAGCGAAGCAGGCUGGCCCCAGCCCCGAUCGGUCAAUUCGCCACGGAAUACAUAAGGCAGUGACCAGGAAGGCUGCUAUCUCAAACAUCGCAGCCAAAAUGAUGCGACAAUCACACUACCGACCAGGCUUCCAGGACCUAUGGACACGGAAAAUGGACGCCGCGCCAGAGGCAUUUACCCUCCAAAUGCCAUCUCACGAUGUGCAAUCGCCUCCAGCAUCAACGAGGUUCACUCAAGACGACAAUUCAUGCGGCUUCUUCCCGCGACAACAACAGCCUUACACGAUCGCCAUGAGCGACGACCCCACAACAACACCCGAAACCCAACACUCAAACUACCAACUCACGCCCCUAUCGUCUCCAGCAAUCGACGCCAGUUCCUCGCGCAAUGCCAACGGCUCCCACUUUCAGUUCUCCAACGACCACAUGGCAUCAGCCUACAUCUCGCACCAGGCGGCUCUCUCAGCCUUGCAAACCCCGCCCCCAUCACACCGCCUUCCGAUGACGACGUGGGGUUCCGAGCCGUCCCCCAACCUUGAUUUUUCGUCCUUUUCGGCCUCGCCCGAUUUCUCACAGUCCCAGGACUCGAAGACGGCUGCGGGAUGGUCGUGGAGUGGUAAUGGCCCCCCAACUGUCCCCAUGACUCAGACUCAGCCUCAUGGCUCGCACUCCAGAUCAUCGAGCCAAAAUAUGAGCUUUAGCACCGCAUCUGUUGCAGGGUUAGGUAUCUCAUGCGAUACGGCGUCUUUCGGCAGCUUUGGGCCGGAACUUAGUGCGGGUUCCAAUGGUCUCAACACUUCAGCCUCGUUCGACAUGGCGUCCUACAACACCAUGUACCCUCCACCAACCACAUCCGGAAUCCCCAUCGGCCACGGUCCAGCCAACCCACCAUCCCGCUCACCCUCACUCUCCCCUCAACCACGCUUCACCCGCCGCCGGCACUCCUCACACAACAACGCCCAUCACCACCACACAUCGUCCCGCUCGCGCCGCAAAUCGAGCAACUCGUCCAACCAAAGCGGCGGGCGCUCAGGCUCCGGUUCCAACCCCGGCGUGGGCUUUGUAAACUUCACGCCCGAUGAUAGUAGGAAGAUAUUGACUGGCGUUGCGCCGAGUGGGAGUUCGAAGACCAAAGCAAGGCGUGAGAAAGAGGCAGCGGAGAAGAGGCGGAAACUGAGUCAGGCGGCGAUGAAGGCCGUUAUGGAGGCGGGUGGGGAUGUAGGGAGGUUGGAGAGGGAGGGGCUCCUGGUGCUGGAGGGGUAGGCUGGAGUUCUUACGGCAUGGCUUGGACUCCUCACGCGUUGUGGGUUGAGUUGGUUGUGCUGUGGGUUGACUCGCCUAACCGGACAGCACUGCUCUUCUCCUCUUUUUCUUCUCCCGCCAUCGUAUUGUCGUCCUCUGAUGGAGACCGGGUGUGGUUGAGGAAAGGUUUCGUGUAAAGACUAUUACCAUCGUUUAGCACUCUACGGUGAAGAAUUCUGAUUUGGGAAAGCGCUGGGGUUAGGGCGGCUAAUUUGGCUUUUACUAUUAGGUAUCUGGGGUGGUAAUGCGUCUAUAGUACGACGACCUACAUACUGUACUGCAUGCAAUCGAUGA